ACUAUAAAUAUAUGGACGACGAACACAUCGAAAUUUGUAGUGUAUUUCGUAUGCGAUCAAAGUUAAGCAUAAUGAAAAAUCACUUCAUAGUUCUAUUCUUUACGAUAUUAUUCAAUAUCCAGUUGAAUAAUGCCAAUGGUGUGGGAUAUGACCGUGAUUAUUAUCACUUUGCAUCUCCACUUAAGGGCACCUGGUACCAAGCACUACAACAUUGCAAUUCGCUUGGUAAGGAUUUAGUUAGUAUUAGAGACGAUUUAGAAAACGCAGAUCUGUAUGCUCUGAUGAAACAAUACUUGGGCAAGUGGGGCGGCACAUACCGGUUUUGGACAUCAGGAACUACAAUGGCUAAUAACGAAUGGAUAUGGAUGAGAGAUGGAAGUCCAAUUUAUUUUGGCGACAAACUUGAAGCUGGUUCGGGCCUAGCUGCUAACGAGACGUGCCUUCAAGCUAUAUACACAUAUGAUGACAAUCGUCUUCAAUUUAACACUGGUAAUCUAAAUGAAGAACAUUUUGUUCUUUGCGAGAGAAAAAGCCCACACAAGCUUGACUUGGAGCAGUCGUGUAAUCCCACUAAAACUAGAAGUGCAAUUAGAAGAAUAAAUGCUUAAUAUCCUUAUUGAUCGUUUGAUGAACAAUUUGAAACAGACGUAUUAUUUAUUAAAUAAAUCGUUUGUUGUCAUUGUUUUACAUCAAUAUAGUCAGUUACACUAG